AUGUCUGCUGCUGAGAUUAGCAUGAAACCUCCAAACACUACCUUAUCUCCAUACACAUUUGUAGAGCAAACAGCUCACAAAGAAGGCACAAAAAGGUCUACUGCUAGUGUGACUGAUUCACAAUAUUGGAGGUACGAUGUCUCCCAAAAACGACAUAAAUCUGGAGCUGGCGAUGGUGAUAAGCUAUGCUUUAAAUUUAUAUAUUCUGGUUCAUGUCCACGAGGAGAAAAGUGUAACUUUCAACAUGACAUGGAUGCAAGGGAACAAUACUCGACAGGUGUUUGUCUCGAUUUCCUUAUUAAUGGAAAAUGUGAAAGAGGUCCAGAUUGCAACUUUAAGCACAACUUGCAGAGUGAAGGUGAGAGCCAUUCUCAUAGGAGACGUGGCUCUGAAAAAUUUAAUGGUAACAGGUCAAAAGAGUGUUGGUUUUGUUUGUCAAGCCCCAAUGUGGAGUCACAUCUGAUCAUUAGCAUAGGAGAAUUUUACUACUGUGCUCUGCCUAAAGGUCCCCUUGUUGAAGAUCAUGUUCUGGUAAUACCUAUUGAGCAUGCACCAAGUACCCUUUCACUAACUCUAACUCGAGAAUGUGAAUCCGAGCUUGUUAAAUUCCGGAACAGUCUCAAGUUAUAUUAUAAGAACCAGGGAAAGGAAGCUGUUUUAUUUGAGUGGAUUUCCAAACGGAGUACUCAUGCUAAUAUUCAGGUUGUCCCUGUUCCAUCAACCAGAGUGGCAGCAGUUCGAGAUAUAUGUAACUUGGCUGCAGAAAAGUUGGGUUUUAAAUUUGUGAUGAUGAAGUUCAAUAACUAUGCAGAUGCGAGAGAAUGGUUAAGGGUGCAGUUUGAUAGGAACAAUAGUUUCUUCUAUUUGGAACUCACAGAAGGCACAAUACUGUCGCAUUCAGUUGAUGAGAAAGAGAAUUUUCCAGCCCAAUUUGGACGCGAAGUUCUAGCAGGCUUGUUGAACAUGCCGGAUAGGGCUGAUUGGAGAAAUUGUACACUUGGCAAAGAGGAGGAAACAAAGAUGGCAGAGGAAUUCAAGAAAAAAUUUGAAGAAUUGGAUCCAAAUCAUUGA